AUGCUAAGUUUAUUAAUGCUACUGCUGGCCAUAAUGACUACUGUGAUGGCAACCGGCGACAACGAACAGUCCGCACAAACCACGGUAAGCUCGUAUAGAAAACCUUACGUGAAUUUGUUGGGUAACAUUCAGGGGCGGAGCUUGAGAUUUUGUAGGUGUACGCACGCGGGAGAGAAAAUAUUCAGCGUCGAAGCCGGCCCAACGUAGGCAGGUCUGGGGGCAUGCUCCCUCCUCAAACUUUUUAAAUUUAUUGUCUCCGAAAUGCAAUUUUUAGUGUUUUCCGCAUGAGAUUUUCAGUAAAUUAAUACGCAGGAAAACACAGUAGUUAGUUGUUUAUUUUACCGAUCUCUAGUGUUGUUGGUAAGGUACAAUGUUUACGGGAAAAAAAGCCAGUGACGUCACCAGAAUUUUGGGAUAAUAAAACUAUAAAGGAAAUACUAACAUAAAAGACACCAAUAUAGUGCGAAAAAUGUAUCAGUCAUCCCGAUUUAAUGAUAGAAAAUGCUUUUUCAGGAAAAAAUAUAUUUAUUCCAUAUUUUAGCUGUUCAUAUACGCACGGGCGCAAGUGAGUAUACGGACGCAGGACACUACGCCCCUGACAUUUGACAAAGGUGAGCUUUUAAGAAACGACGACGGUGAAGUCAUCGAUAACGGCAAAAAAGCAAUAGGUUUAGAUUGGCAUAACGACUACUUUGCACGUGCAUCACGCUUUUUUGUACAUUUCUUUGUCGUUACUGCACGACUACGACGAGAAAAUGCCUAAUUUCACUUUUUGCGUAGGACGGGAACACAAUACGACGACUUUUUCUUUCUUUUCCUGACCUUUGAUACCGAGUUUUAGUAUUUAAACUCCAGAAAUAGUUUCCAAAAUUUGACGAAUAGCCCACUUCGGAAAAGAGUGAUAGCCUGGGACCCAAACUAAGCGCGCACGUAUUUAUGGGAUUGUUUGGGGGGACAAAGUGAGCAACCACCUUGUGUUUUGACGAGGCAUUCAAGUUAAGUGUGCCUUUGUGCACAAAUAGCUUCUGGAACUCCCCUAGUCUAGCAUUCUGUAGAAUACCAAUGACAAAACGUAUCCAGCGAGAAUAUGUACGUUUGUUUCGGAACGCUAAUUAGAAGUUAAACUCCAAUAGCACACGGAUUUGCAUUCUUUUAGUUUUUCUCGAAGUAAAAUCUCUCAGGCACAUCUUCCUUCAGCUUGACAAUUUCAUGUUUUUUGUUUCUUUCAAUUCCACCUUCCUUCCUUUUUGCUAUUUUGAGCUGUUUUAACUCCGCUUUCCGCCAUGUUUGUUUACAUUCACGUUCCCCCCAAAUAAUCCCAUAAAUGCGCGGGCUCCUAGUUCGGGUCCCAGGCUAUCAAUCUUUUCCGAAGCGAGCUAUUGGACGAGAUGGAAUAAGCACGACAAAGUUUAAAGCAUCAUUACUUCACUUUUUAAGUGACGUUUUCGUAGCCGUCGCCGCCGUUGUAGCUUAAGCUCCUUAAUAAAGCUGUGAUGGUGGAGAGGGGAAGGUAUCACCUCUCUAUGAACCAGGCAGGAAAAGCCAAGACAUGAAAAUGAAAAGAUGCUACCCUUACUGAAUAUGAGACCUUAGAAAAUUCAAAGUUUCAGCUAAAAAUUAGCUCGUUGGACAAGCAUUUUUUUGAGAUAAGGUAAGCUCGAACUGUUUCUACUAAAAGUACUCAUACCGGCCUUUCUGCUUUUCAGCUUUUUGCAAACCAAUCCUGGAUACAAUCAGGAUCAAUCAGUCGAAGGAGACACAUAUUUUAAAUAAAUUUUGAUAUUUUCCUGUUUGAAACCAGCAAUGUCCAUCGCUUUGUUAUGGCAGUCCUGGCGCGCCCGGCAGGGAUGGUGCUCCAGGAGCACCAGGCAACGACGGACGUGACGGAAGUGAUGGCAGUCCUGGUACGCCCGGCAGGGAUGGUGCUCCAGGGGCACCAGGCAACGACGGACGUGACGGAAGUGAUGGCAGUCCUGGUACGCCCGGCAGGGAUGGUGCUCCAGGGGCACCAGGCAACGACGGACGUGACGGAAGUGAUGGCAGUCCUGGUGCUCCAGGGGCACCAGGCAACGACGGACCUGACGGAAGUGAUGGCAGUCCUGGCACGCCCGGCAGGGAUGGUGCUCCAGGGGCACCAGGCUACGACGGACGUGACGGAAGUGAUGGCUAUGAUGGGGCUAAAGGUGAUAAAGGUGACCGAGGAUUGCAGGGGAAGACUGGAUCUCAGGGACCUCCUGGUGACAAGGGACCUGGGGGUGUAAAGGGAGAGGAAGGGGCUAAAGGAGAAACUGGAGCCCAGGGUCCUUCCGGUCAAAAUUGCGAACUUGGCCCUAUGCCGUUUAAGAAUUGGAAAGAAUGUGCCUGGGACAACUUGGAUGAUCAGAAGGACAGUGGUCUGAUCAAGGUGAGGCGUGCAUUUGCGAUUGAUCAGCAUACAAUUAUCAAAUUCGCACACAAUAUAGAGCAUGCAGCAGCCAUUGUCCGAAAGGCAUUUUGCUUGCCCAGUGCAGAUACCAACAAACAGCUAUUAGCUUCUGGCAUGCCUCUCCUGUAAAACGACAUCCUUUAUACAGUGGCCUAGUUACACAGGUAGGCUUGCAUAAAUUCUGUCGGCAGAUAAUCUGUUCAUGUUGUCCUCCAGCAGCAUAAUUAAAAAUAUAUAAAACUGUUCUGCUGAUGGAGUGUCUCUAGACAAAGGACCUCUAAAAGCGCUUAAGAAUGGUCUCCAAAAUAAAAUACUAAAAUAGAAGGUCUGCGAAUUCAGUACAUUCUUCUCGGGAAUAGAAUGUAGGCUUGCCCUUUCUAAUGUAAAAUGCUUCAUAGAGGUGUAGAUUAGCGGGGUCGUUUUCACCUAUAAUAAUCUUGACAUCAAUGCCUUUAUAGUCUUUGUUCUGGCAGGAAUAGAUAUGUAUUAUAUUCUGUUGGCAGAAUUUCGAGCGCAUAAGGUACAAUGAGGUACUCUUUCCAGCAUUGUCCAUGGUUAGUCGUUAUCAAAACUUGAAAAAAAUGUGAAAAUAUAAAUAGCAUUUGCAAAAAUAAUUAGUAUGUGUAAUCAAAUGGUGACGAGUGAAAUUCGGGAAUAAUUUCUCGCGCGUUUUGUCCUUUAGGCUCGGGAAAUUAUAAGGAUUUGGACAAAACGCGCGUGAAAUUAUUCCCUAAUUUCAUGAGUAUACCAUUUGAUUACCUAUUAAUAUCAUGGGUGACGAAUUACGUUAGCAAUCGAGGAUUUUUGACUCGUUUAUCCUGGAUCGUAUCGAUCGAUGGUGAACUCCACUCUCUCAAACGUUUAGAGCUAAAAUUUGGCUUAAGUUUUCAGAAUUUUCCACAAAAUACCUAUAAGAAUCGUUCUUGAUGUGCUCUUUCGUGUGUUCAGGUUUUCUAAAGCGUAUUUUUAUGCCCCGACAUCUUCAUUCAUGACAUUUUAAAACUUCCUCGCCAUCUUGAAACGGAGAAGUACGGCAGGUUGUUAUGGCAGUUUGGUAAUUUCACAUGUGAAAUUACAAAUUAACGCUGGCACCAAAAUUAAGGAGUAAUUCGUCACCUAUGAUAUUAUAGGAAUUAAAAAAUACUGUUUCAACUAAUUUGAGCAAUAAUGAGCAAGAUCAGGCGACGAAUAGCCUGUGUGGCAGAUGUUUGAAAGGGAGGGAGAGCGGGAAUCUGGGCGCGCGAUAAGCGAGAAAGUCAGUCCCUCUCGCUUGGUCUAGCGCCCAAAUUCCCUUCCCUUUCCCUUACAAACGCCUGUCACCCGGGCUGUGUAAUAAGAUACAAUUUCACUAUGCCUCAAUGAGAGCUAUGUCCUUUUUUCCUGACAUUUUUGCCAAAUUCAAAAUGCCCAAACGCCUGACAUUUUUUCCCCUGUAUCCUGCACAAUUUAGGUACUUACUUAUGUGGGGCGUAAGACUGCAAUGAUGUAACGCUGUCCGGGCCUAAUUGCUUGCCUCCACCAAGGCCUUAAGGUCCUUCUUCAGUUCGUAUUUCGGUCUGCUCGGUUAUCUUUCUCCAGUUUGUGGUGCGCCCUCCUUGGGGGUUGAACGUAGGGUUAACAACUCCUCGCCGUAAAUUAAAAUAAGAUGCAGUUACUAAAAUUACGGCGAAAAUCAGAAUUUAGGUGACUGAGCAGAAUUAGGAAACUGAAGCAAUUUUUACAAGCACUAGUGACAGGCAGAGUAAACUAUUUAACGUUCAAGCAGAUCUUAUUCUUAGCCUAGCCAAAAUUGUCAGUAAAUCACCUCGGAAACUUCCUACGCUUGUAAAGUUUUCAAGAAUGUCAUCAUUUUCUUCAGUGUUUCGGGUAAAACUCAGAGGCUUUGGCAUAACAAAAGCGUGCUUGCGGGUGUGAUUACUGAACAGCUCUUGCUUUGUUUCUACAAAAAAUGUAAGUUUAACGAGUAACGAUUUCUCUGGCCUGUAUUUCAUGGUAAGACUCGUAGCCUAGUCGCUGCUACUAGCAAGGACGUUUCAUCUUUCAGUUGACUCUGAAGACUUAUGCACCGAUCAAUUCGAAACUUUAACAUCCCCAAAGCAACCCCCUUGGGCAUUUGAACUUUUUAAGACAGGCCUGGUUAAAUUCUCCUUCUCUCCUCAGCAGAGGCUCCCGCUAGGUAUCCCAUUGUCCCCUGCGCUCCCCUCUCCCCAGCUUCCCCACGGUACAAAGGAAAGAGACUGAUUCUGCUUAUAAAUUACGGCCCAAUGUAGUAGUCAAAUGCUUCUCCCAAAGGAGAAAUAUUUGACAGAUUAUAUGGUGUGUGGAUUAAUGUAUAGCAAAUGUUUCGGACGUCUAAAAGUAGGUCGGGCUUAUAUCUCCCAGUAAUAAUGUACUUUAUAUUAAAAAAGGGAGUGAAAUUAGGGUCACAGUUAAACUGCAUACAUGUAGCUUUUGAAGUCCUUGUCGAACAAGAAAUUCGUUUACAAAAGAAAUCGAAUCUUAUUGCAGUUUUAAAUGAUUUUUUUUAACUUAGUACAUGUUUGCAUUAUAUAUAGUUUGUUUAUUCUUUAGUAUUUCUUAUUACUUGUGACUUUUUAUUGUAGUUUUUAACGGUUUCUAACCUAGUGCAUGUUUUCUUUUUAUGUAUUUUUGUUUAUUCUUAUUUAUUAGAUUUUUAUUUUUUUAGUCAGCAGGACCCAAUUGAUAACAGUACUUGGUACUUUAGGGUUAUCCUGAUUAAAUAUUCGAUGAUGAUGAUGAUGCUUAUUAUUAAUAUCAUUAUUAUUAACUUGAGGCUUGAGGUUCAAAUUCCGGACUCCCCACCCCCAGGUCAAAUGCCCGGGGGUUGCCGGGAAUGUGAAGGUUUCGAAUUGGUAGGCGCAUACGACUUCCAGCAACCAAUACGCGUGACAUCUGGAAUUGCGAAUGUCAAAGAUCCAGCUGAAAACGGGGAGGUGGAGGGGAAGACAAGUAACCAGGUCACCGUUUCUGUGGGGUGCGUUGACGGGGAUCAACUUUAAAACCUUUAGGUGCUUGUGGAUCUAUGCCUAGCCGGCAAAAUCUUGGGUACCAAAUUAAGAAAUGCAAGGCUGACUGCAGUACUAGUAGAUUAUAUUAAGUCCCUUUUUCCAAAAAUGGAUAAAUUCAACCUCCCAGCGGUAGGGUCAGCCCUGCCUCUACAUCUAUCAACUGUUUUAUUUGUCUGUCCACAACGACCACAAUCAAUAUUGCGCACUGGGCAGUUGCUAUUAGAUCUAAGCUAGAUCUAGGUUUUGGAUGUCAUGGAACAUGGAACAACGUGUUGCCCAGCCUCUUCCCAUUAAUAGAUUUUCUGUCUUUUUUUUUUGUAUUUUUUGCAGGGCUGUAGUUUCACCAAAAUCUUCUCUGAUACUUCUCUUCAUGUUUACUGGACGGGUACAUUGAGAAUUUACAAAUGCAAUCGCUGCUGCAAACGUUGGUACUUCACUUUCAAUGGCAAUGAAUGUUCUGGACCUCUGCCCAUUGACGGAGUGGUCUAUAUGCAGACAGGCAGAGAUAAAGAUCUCCUUCGCGUCCGCCAUAUUGAGGGGCACUGUAAUAACAUUCCCAAAGGAAAGGUGUUUGUGGGAUUCUGGAUCGGCAAUUGCCCCGGAUAUGGAUACGCUGAUGGCAACACAGGAUGGAAUUCAGUAUCCCGUAUAUUUGUUGAAGAAGUCCCUAAACCUCAAGAUUAA